GAAAUACGCAAGACGCUGGUAUCACAGACGUCUCCAGUCGUCGUUGCUGUUCUAUUGAGUGUGCAGUGCCCCGUUAACCAGAAGUACACACGGUCGCCGCGAUCUAGUUGAAUCGAGAGUCUCGCCGGGAAGUGUGUCGUAUUUGUGCACGGAAGUGGAUGGAGUGUCAAAGUGAUAACACCACGCAGCACGGAUCGUAGAAUGGCACUGUCUUAUCUCCAAGAGGCGCAAAUUAACGCAGGACUCUUGACCAGCCAGCACCUCGACAUGAAACAAGAACCCGAGAAACAACCGCUUUCUCCCCCAUUGAAUAACAACACGUCGCAAGUGAUGUUCCCCGGAAUGGGCAAUGCCGCGGCGGGGCUGUCAAUGCUCACACCCCAACAGGCAUCGUCGCCACCGUCCCCUGUUCAUCAUUCGCCUGGACCAGUCUCACCAGCGUUGAGCACCAAGUCCACAUCGCGAAGAGGGAACAACGCCUCGGCGAACAACAAUAACAACAACAACAACAACGUGGUCAGCAGUAGUGCAGACAGAAUGACCAAGAAAGGCCAGGCUGCCAAGAGGAAAACCGCCAAGUCGAAGACCGAGACUGUUCAGGCCACGGUCGAGGGCACAGCACCUCUCAGUCCACCCACCUCGGUCAGCCCCGAGGCGGGCAAGGACGGCAGGGACAAAGUGUUCACCUGUGGAGUGUGCUCGAGAUCGUUCGGCUACAAGCACGUGCUGCAGAACCACGAACGCACGCACACCGGGGAGAAACCGUUCGAGUGCCCGGAAUGUCACAAGAGAUUCACCCGGGACCACCAUCUAAAGACCCACAUGCGGUUGCACACGGGCGAGAAACCUUACCACUGCAGCCACUGCGACCGUCAGUUCGUUCAGGUAGCGAACCUGCGCCGUCACUUGCGCGUGCACACCGGCGAACGUCCGUACGCCUGCGAGCUGUGCUCUGCGAAGUUCAGCGACUCGAAUCAGUUGAAGGCGCAUCUGUUGAUCCACAAGGGCGAGAAACCGUUCGAGUGCGAGCAUUGUCAGAUGCGAUUCAGACGGAGGCAUCAUCUGAUGCAUCACAAAUGCGGCACCGGUGGCGUGUCCAGGUCGCAGGUCGCCUCGCCCUCGUUGGCCAGCGACGAUCUGGACGAGGACAUGGACAUCGAUAUCGAUGUGGAGAUGGAGGAACCGGAUGCGACCACGCUGAUGGCCAAAAAACCGAUGACGCAGGUCAGACCCGCGCAUCGACAGCUACCCAGCCCAGUUGUGAACGCCUCCAUGCCGAUGCCGUUAAAUCUAUCCGGUAUACCGGUCGAUCUGCCGGAGCAGACGGAACCGGAAGACCUGUCGAUGUCCACCGGUAUGCACAGGCCACAUUCCCACUCGCACAGCAGCGGUGAUUCGCCGAUGAGCCGUAGCCCGAGCAGCGACACGAUCCACGAGGAAGAGGACGAGGAGCUGGACGUCUCCGAGGCGAGUCCCAGCAGCCUGUUCCUUCAGAAUCAUCGCAACCAGUACGUUCAUCACCUCGCGUCACUUGGAAACCCGACCAAUGUCGGCCACGCGUCCUAGUGGAGUCUCUAGGGGUACGUAGACACAGCUACGUAGCAAAACAGCAAAAGAAAACAAGCACACAUCACACUCCACACCCUUCUGUACUUUCACUCGGUUCACGAUGGGCCUGGU